UUAAUUAUAAAAAACAUACUUUUAAAGUUGUUCAUUGCGUGCCUUUGAUCACAUUAUUGAUGUAUUGAUAGAGUAUUUUGUCCCUGAGUUUACAUUUAUUGGAAUCGCGAACGUUCAUAUUUUGUUAUAUGACAUUUAACAACCGAGGUCUUAUGACAUGCUAAUGCCAUGCCCAACGCGUAGAAGCAAUUACUCCAGAUGAUCUGGAUUUAUACGCUCAAUGUUGCAUUAUGCAUCAUACAUAUGAUCGACAUCCAGAUCACUUGACAGGUGGAGUGAACAAUCAUUUUUCACGCAUGCGUGAUGCUCCCAUUAACAAUAGGAGUGGAUAUCGGCAGCAAGGUGAACAUAUAUCGCAAUCUAGACAUCAAAUUUACGAUCAUAAUCCUCAAGGUCCAGUUAUUAGAAGGCAUCACCUUGAACAUGAUAGAAAUAGGCACUAUGAUGACGCAGUGCAUCCUAUUGACAGAGAUGUCCGCUAUGGCAAUCCCAGGUACCAUGCAGUAGAUAAGCAUUAUAGCAACAUAAACCCAAAUUUGCUGAAUGGUGAAACGGGGCAUGUUAAGCUAGUGCAUCGAGGGAUCCCUCAUACAUACGAAAGACGGGAUGAUGUAUACGGUGAACCGAGCGCAAGAGUUGAUACCCCGAUAAAUCCUGAUUUGGAGGAGUUAUCAUUUCUGAAACGAAAGGCAUCCAAUUUGCGUCGCCACCUAUCUGAGGUACAACGUAAGGCGGAAGCUAUGAAGCUUGAUGCUGUUACAAAAGAUAAAGAUUUUGAUAGAAAGUUAGAAUUUAAGCGGAAAGUAUAUAAUAAACCAAAGGAAUCACACGAAAUAGUCAAUGACGAGUAUAGAUAUGGAAAUGUUCUUGAACCAUGGAUGGAAGCCGCUGCCCACUUAUGUUCGGGGUUUGGUUCAAUGGCGCUUGCGGUAUGCCAAUUGGUAAGUAUGACUGGCAAAAAAGCAUUAUCUAGCUGUUCCAAGAUAGAACAGUCAUAUGCAUGUGAUGAUUCGCCUGUGGAUAAUCAUGAAGUAUUGAAGGGGCAAUUAAAAUAUCGACCCAAUGGGAAAAUGUUUUCUCCCAAUCAUACUUUACGUUAUAUGGGUCCUAGGGAGCACCCUCUAAACUACAAGCAUUUUGAUGGUUUUCAUCCAUUUCAGAAUAAAGGUAAAAAACCGGGAACGCGUCAACUACAUCAUGAAGAAGAUAGACGUCAUUACUCACCAACACGCAAUCGUAUGUGGACUGCACAAUAUAGUUCAAUUACUAAAAAAGAACGUCGUGAACACCGUGCUCGUAAUAUGGCAUUAAGACGCAUGCUUACUGGAUCAAGUGAGAGUGAUAUAGACUCUGUUGUCAGUCGUGAAUCAUAUGACUAUUAUAUGAAUCAAAGGGUGAAUGGAAAUCCAUCAAACACUGAUAGUGAUACAAACAGCAUAUCAUUUGUAGAUCAGGACAAUAACGAUUCAUUCAGUCAAGGACAUCGGGGAAAUAUGGAUGUACAUAGUUGGGGUGUUAGUUACCCUGCUACUAAUAUACCGGAUUAUGGCGAGCAUCUGCGGACAUCUGGAUAUAAGCAGAACAUAGUGCAACCUCCAUUACGAAUUAAUCUGGGUGAAUACGAUACACCUGGUUCAUCGCUUCCUCCUGUGUCGAAGUCUCCGUGUUUAGGCCCCAAAGUUAUAUCUCGUCCAAUGUGCUCUGGUUCUGUUUUACAGCGAUCGGAACCUAUGUCAACUAUGCCAAGUUAUCAGUUAGGCCCUUUGGCAACUCGUUCAGCAGGAUGUCUUCCAGAGCCAAUUAUGCCUCCGCGUGUUAAAGGCACCACACCUGGUGACUCCAAAUAUGAGAAUCCUCCAUCGCAAGGUACUGUUCAUGGUCAAUUAAGCAAUAUACCUACAAAUACCAACAUUUCCAUGGCACAAGGACAGCAUACCACAAAUUCAUCUGGGUUAAACAUUUCGACAGUUCACAAUACAUCUGAUAACCACUCAGCGGCAGUGCCACAAACUUCUCAUGCUACACCGAUUCAUGAGUCUAAAGUCGUUUCAGUGAAUGAAUCGUCGAUUAUAACUCAUGAACCAAUUUUAGGCAGCGGCUCAAUGAUACAAAAGGGGAAUGGCCAGAACGAUUCAGCGGUUAAAGAUUCUACUGGUUUUGAUCGUCAUAUUGUCACAAAGGAAACGAUAAAACUGGAUGAUAUAUUGAAUAGUGACCAAGCAAUUCACCAGGCGAGAAAUGUUAUUGAACGUGAAGAUAGAAAUGGAACAAAUACAUUCAACGACCAUAAAGGUUCGGACAUAGAUAAUCCUGUAGCAACCUAUGAUCUGAAAGAUAAUCAGAAUCACGCGUCGUAUGCCGGAAAAUCGAGUAAAGCCCGGAAGCCAUUCUUUACAACUCGCUGGCGUGUAAAGAGUUAGCAUUCUAAGA